AUGAUAGGAGCUGUGUCAAAUGCGUGGAUUGCUUUGUUAGGUGACAUCACUGAGAUUCAUUUGUCGAGUAUUAUUCAAGUUGAAAAUAAGGCUCUAUGGCAGGAACUCACUGAUACAGAGAAGUAUGAUAUGAGGAGUUCUCCUAACUGUGUCAUAAAACAUACGGCGAUCUUAAUGAAAUAUGGAAUGUAUCUCUAUCAAUCACUUCAAUACAGCAGUAUAAAAGUAGCAGCAAGCCAAGGCUGGUCAGGUGCAGUAUGUGCGUGGAUUGGCAUACGUGAUGAUCGUUUGAAUAACGUGGUGUAUGUAGAAGAAUUUGCUAAGCCUGAUACACCAUAUAGCGUCUAUAGAUAUUCAGUAACUACUGAUAACACCAAGUAUAUCGCAGCAGCUAUAUUACAUGCUUUGUAUGCAGGGCACUUGAAAGUGCUUCAAUAUUUGCCUGAUAUUGAUGUUUCAAAAUUGUUUCACCAUGUCUUUCCUGAUGCCAGAGUGCCGAUUAAAUUCAUUCGCAAAUUGAUCUAUAUUCCUACAGAGGAAUUAAUGUUAAAUGGUAAUUUAAGAGAACAGUUAGAUCGUAUUGGACAUGCUUUGCUUAUGUGGUUACCAGUGACUGGCAUCCAAAAGUUAGUGACAGAAGCUCGUCAGAAAGACGACGAGAAUGUUAUACAUUAUGUUAUGAAGCUUCUUCGUAUAGAUCGUGGAGACUAA